AAAAUAUUAUCCUUCCUUAGUUGUAAAAAGACCAAAUUUUCUUCAGCAAGAAAUCAAUAACUCUAGUACCUAGUAACUCUCUGUUAAUGCUCACUGGCUAUAUUCUUUGGUUUGUAAGAAUCUAACUGUUCUCAUGUGUUCUCAAUGCUUUGCAGGUUUUGUGCUCACUUAUGAUUCAGCCGACCGGUUCACAGUCAGUGUUUUGAAAACUAUACCACCAGCCUGCAAUAAUUCUAGUAGGAUAACAUCUGAUGACAAUGUUGAUAUUCUGAUGUCAGCUAACGUGUGUCUGGGAAUAUAAGGACUUAUUUAGAACUAAAGGCCUGCCAUUAUCACGGUGUAUGCCUGGAUGAGACAUCAUUGAUAUACCCAAAUAAAAAUGGUGGGGAGAGAGUUUAGACUGGUGGCUAGCAAUGAAGAAGGUGCCAAUGAUGACUCUAACCCCCGGGAUGGAGGGGAUGUGGGGUGUUGUGGGUACAUUCUGAGGUUCCUGUCCCUAGUGGUUAUAGCUCUGACUUUCCCAUUCUCACUCUGCCUGUGUAUUAAGGUAGUCCAAGAGUAUGAGAGAGCAGUUAUAUUUAGACUGGGUCGACUAAUUGCAGGAGGUGCCAAAGGACCAGGUCUUUUUUUCAUCAUCCCUUGCAUUGACUCUUAUACAAAAGUUGAUAUCAGAACCGUCUCCUUUGAUGUCCCCCCUCAAGAGGUCCUGACUAAAGACUCGGUAACAGUGGCGGUUGAUGCGGUGGUGUAUUACCGUGUCCAGAAUGCUACAAUGUCAAUCACAAAUGUGGAGGAUUCCAACAGAUCCACUCGGCUGCUUGCAGCUACCACACUCAGAAAUGUUCUAGGGACCAAGAAUCUCAGCGAGAUUCUGUCAGAAAGAGAGACAAUUAGUCACUACAUGCAGAGUUCACUGGAUGAGGGAACAGACCCCUGGGGGGUAAAAUGUGAACGUGUCGAAAUUAAAGAUGUCCGGCUUCCAGUGCAGUUACAGAGAGCCAUGGCUGCUGAAGCAGAGGCAGCCAGAGAGGCCAGGGCCAAGGUUAUUGCCGCAGAGGGAGAACAGAAGGCGUCUAGGUCACUGAAAGAAGCCGCUGAGGUCCUCACAGAGGCCCCCGCCGCUCUCCAGCUCCGAUACCUACAGACCCUCAACACAAUCUCCGCAGAGAAAAACUCGACCAUCAUUUUCCCCCUGCCCAUAGACUUGCUACAGUCUUUUAUGUCUCGCAAGGAGAGCUAGACCAAGCUGUGACAUCAAUCAUAAUGUUAUAAGUAACAAUUUUUACAAUACUACACAUGUAUUGCAAAAUCAAAUGCUGCAGUGUUAAUUAUUGGGACAUUAUGCUUUGAUAUUUGUGGGUUUUUAAUGCAUCUUUGUAUGUAAAAGACAUGUGAUGUUGAGAAUAUCUCACUCAUCAAGAUGCUGAUAAUCAAGACUAUAAGACAAUAUCUCUUAGAAUUAUAAGAUUUCAUCUAUAAUCUUUGUUUUAAAUAUGCUGUGAAAUUAAGCAGUCUGCAACCUUAGAUAGCAAACAGCUGAUUUUCAGAUAGCUUUGAUAGAAAUUAACUGAGUAAAUUGGGAAAAGAAAUUUCCCUCAAAGGAGUGAUGUAUGUGCCUGUCUUCCCUCCAUAAUAUUGACAACUCUCUGGAAUAGUCUGGUAAUUAAAAUGACUUGUACAUGCACACAGGAUGUGUAUGUAUGCGGUUCUCUAUGUUUUUAGCCACCUGAGCCAAAGGCUCAAGUGAGCUUUUCUGAUCACAAUUUGUCCGUUGUCUGUCGUUGUCGUUGUCGUAGUCGUUGUCGUCGUUAACUUUUCACGUUUUCAUCUUCUUCUCAAGAACCACUGGGCAGAUUUCAACCAAAUUUGGCACAAAGCACCACUAGGUGAAGGGGAUUCAAGUUUGUUCAAAUGAAGGGCCAAGCCCUCUUUAAAGGGGAGAUAAUUAAGAAUUAUUGAAAAUUUGUUGCUAUUUUUCAAAAAUCUUCUUCUCAAAAACAAAUUAAAAUGGAAGCAUCCUCAGGUAGUGAAGAUUCAAGUUUGUUAAAAUCAUGGUCCCCGGGGGUAGGGAGGGGCCACAAGAAGGGGAUCAAGUUUUACAUAGGAAUAUAUAGAGAAAAUCUUUAAAAAUCUUCUUCUCAAAAACUAUUGGGCCACAAAAGCUCAAAUUAAAAUGGAAGCAUCCACAGGUAGUGUAGAUUCAAGUUUGUUCAAAUCAUGGUCCCUGGGGGUAGGGUGGGGCCACAAUUGGGGGAUAAAAUUUUACAUAGGAAUAUAUAGAGAAAAUCUUUAAAAAUCUUCUCAAAAACUAUUGGGCCAGGAAAGCUCAAAUUAAAAUGGAAGCAUCCACAGGUAGUGUAGAUUCAAGUUCGUUCAAAUCAUGGUCCCCGGGGGUAGGGUGGGGCCACAAUAGGGGGAUGAAUUUUUACAUAGGAAUAUAUAGAGAAAAUCUUUUUAAAAAAAUCUUCUUCUCAAAACCUAUUGGGCCAGGAAAGCUCAAAUUAAAAUGGAAGCAUCCACAGGUAGUGUAGAUUCAAGUUCGUUCAAAUCAUGGUCCCUGGGGGUAGGGUGGGGCCACAAUUGGGGGAAGAAUUUUUACAUAGGAAUAUAUAGAGAAAAUCUUAAAAAAUCUUCUUCUCAAAAACUAUUGGGCCAGGAAAGCUCAAAUUAAAAUGGAAGCAUCCACAGGUAGUGUAGAUUCAAGUUCGUUCAAAUCAUGGUCCCCGGGGGUAGGGUGGGGCCACAAUAGGGGGAUGAAUUUUUACAUAGGAAUAUAUAGAGAAAAUCUUUUUAAAAAAAUCUUCUUCUCAAAAACUAUUGGGCCAGGAAAGCUCAAAUUAAAAUGGAAGCAUCCACAGGUAGUGUAGAUUCAAGUUUGUUCAAAUCAUGGUCCCUGGGGGUAGGGUGGGGCCACAAUUGGGGGAUGAAUUUUUACAUAGGAAUAUAUAGAGAAAAUCUUUUUAAAAAAAUCUUCUUCUCAAAAACUAUUGGGCCAGGAAAGCUCAAAUUAAAAUGGAAGCAUCCACAGGUAGUGUAGAUUCAAGUUCGUUCAAAUCAUGGUCCCUGGGGGUAGGGUGGGGCCACAAUGGGGGGAUCAAUUUUUACAUAGGAAUAUAUAUUAAAAAUCUCCUUAUCAAAAACUAUUAGGCCAGAAAGCUCAAAUUUGAAUGGAAGCAUCCUCAGGUAGUGUAGAUUCAAGUUUGUUCAAAUCAUGAUCCCUGGGGGUAGGGUGGGGCCACAAUUGGGGGAUCAAGUUUUACAUAGGAAUAUAUAGAGAAAAUCUUUAAAAAUCUUCUUUUAAAGACCAUUUGGCCAGAAAAGCUUUAACUUGUGUAGAGGCAUCCUCGGGUAGUGUAAAUUCAAAAUCACAGUCCCUAGUGGAAGGGCGGGGCCGUGAUGGCGGUUUGAAUUUUUACAUAUAUAGAGAAAAUCUUUAAAAAUAUUCUGGGAAAGUUUUUCGGUCCAAAACUCAGUACUUAGUGUGAAAGCACAGGUUAUGCAGAUAUAAGUUUGAUGAAACCAUGAUACCCUAGAGAAAAGUGGGGCAACAAAAUGGGGGGGGGGGGUAUAUAGGAAAAGAGAAAAAUCAUCUUACAGGUACAACAACAAAAGGGGCUUGGUAUUUACCAAAAGAAAGAGGUGGAUAAAAAUUGGCAGAUUUUCAAUUUUUUUAGCAAGAUCUACUGUACUUAGUUGUCAAGAUAUUUUGAUACUGUAAUGCUAAUUUGAUCAGAAUUAAGGCAAUUGUUGCUCAGGUGAGUGAUGUGGCCCCUGGGCCCACAGGGGCCAAGCCCGUUUUAACAUCAAUUUCAAUGUGACCAUAAAUAAAGAAAGGGGUCGAACUCUGACCCAGAUAAAAAACUAUUUAUUUAUGGUUACAUUGAAAUUAAUGUUAAAACGGGCUUGGCCCCUGUGCCUGGGCCUCUUGUUUAUGUUGCAUUACAACUGCAAUAUAAGAAAGUUGGUACAUAUGUAUCUACAAGUUAUAGUUAUAUAGGCACAAUAGGAUAGAAAAAUGUCAAAAGUUCAGUUGCAAAGGGAAAUUGCUUUCAGACAUAAAGUAUACAUGUGUUAUUGUGGUGCAAUAUACAUGUGUAAUGUAUUUUAAAAUUAAUGUAAUUGUUUUUAUUUGUACAAUUCAUACUAAUAUUUACUAGUAAAAUUACCGGUAUUCAUUCAUAAAAUAAUUAAAUAUACCAUAAUAACAGAGCCAUAUUGCCCUAAUAUUGUCCUAAUACAUGUUCAAUAUAUAUACUCUAAUAGCAUUUUUGUAUGCAAAGUACACAUAAUUUAUUAGUAUUCAAUGUAGUAUGUAUGUUUACUGCUGUAUGCCAUUCAAACACCAUUUUCAACAGUUAUAUGUUAAAAAAGGUUAUUAUCACAAUUGAGUUUACCAAUCAUAUAGAAAUAUGGAUAAAAUUUUAUUAGCUUUUAUGAUGAUAGUACAUUAUAGCUGUGCAAACAAAAUUUUUGCUUUAUAGAGCCAUAUUUUGUUUUGUAUUUUUUUAUAAUCAACAUGGUUGCACUUCGUUAUUCCUGAUAGGGAUGUCAAUUCAUGCUAUUUUUUUAACUGAUGUAAUUAACCUAUUGAUAGACUGGUAUACCGACCUCAGAAAUACUCCUGGUUAAUAAGUUCAAAUAAGGGGGAAAUGCAAGUACUUGGUAACGUUCAUAAUGAAAUUUUCACAUAAUUAAUUAAGUUCACUCAACAAUCAAAAUCUUUUGACAAGGCUGUCACUAUUACCAUAGUGACUACAGAAAAAUUCCCUACAAGUAUCUACAGGAUGUGUUAUGUAUACCAGUAAAUGGA